AGGGUGGUUUUUCCGCGGGUCGGCGGCUACUGAGCUGCCCAGCCGUCCGCAGAAAGCGCGUCCGCCGAGGUGGAGCGAAGCUUUUCUCCGCCGCCGCCCUCUCCGCCCUCGGAGCUCUCCCAGGAUACCUCAGAUUUCCCUGGAGUCCGGAGCUCUAGGGGCGCGCUCGGCCCUCCUUUUCCUCUUCAGCCUGCGCCGCGAGCGGCUGCCGGCCUGGCCAGCACCUCGCGUGUGGGACCUUAUCCCUUAGCCUCAAUGCCCGUGCGAGAAGAGUUGAGUGGGUGCCGGUGGUUGGAGCUGUGCAGGUGUCCCCCGGUGGCAAGUGUGGCCACGGCACCGGGCGCUAUUAAGUUUUAUGCGCGCACGUUGCAAGGACUGUGUGUGAGUCUGGUAAUAUUCGUAGGUUACAGAGAUUAAGAAGUGACUUAUCUUCCUUCGGGGCAGCAUUAAGCCCAAUACAGUCUGGAAGCCUCAGUUACUGAAAAUGGAUAUGAAAGUGAAUCAAGAGCAAGGCAGCAUUAGAAUGAAACCACUCCACUUGCUCUUGGUGGUGGUGUGCUCCCAACCACUUUCACUUUGGCACUGCCAGGAUUGGAAUUGGCGUGUAUACUCAAACUCUGGAAAAUUUUGUUCACCUUAAGGAUGUCCACUCUCACCACUUUUAUUCUACGUCGUACUAGAAGUUCUAGUCACAGCAGUGGGACAACAGGAAAAGACAAAAGGCAUCCAAAUCGGUUUCAUCUGGGAAUAGUAUUGUUACGAGCAGUAACUUUACAACAGAAAUCUCUUGGUGUACUUGUAUUCACAUUUUGGCGGGGUAUAAUUUGGUAUCCUGAGUGUCUGUCUUAGCAAGAACGAAGUGGAAAAUACUCUUGAAAAGAAAACUAAGACAAUAAGGAAGCCAGAACUUACUUUUACAUGGUGAUUUGCUCACUUAACAGUAUGGACACUUUUCCCACCACAUUUCCUCCUGGUGGAGACAGUGGGCUGACAUAUUCUCAGUCUGAGGUGCAAAAAAUGUUAAUUGAUGAAAGGUUACGAUGUGAACAUCAUAAAACUAACUAUCAGACUCUAAAAGCCGAACACACAAGGUUGCAAGAUGAGUACAUAAAGUCACAAAAUGAACUCAAGCGCCUAUUAAAUGAAAAGCAAACUCACCAGGAAAAAUUUCAGCUGCUGCUUGAAGAGCUACGAGGGGAAUUAGUAGAGAAAACUAAAGACUUAGAAGAAAUGAAACUGCAGGUGUUAACUCCACAAAAGUUGGAACUGUUACGAGCCCAGAUACAACAAGAAUUAGAAACUCCAAUGAGGGAACGUUUUAGGAAUCUGGAUGAAGAAGUGGAAAAGUAUAGAACUGAAUAUAAUAAACUCCGCUAUGAACAUACAUUUCUUAAAUCAGAAUUUGAACACCAGAAAGAAGAAUUUGCACGUCUUCUAGAAGAAGAAAAAAUAAAAUGUGAAUCAGAGAUUGCAGGACUGGAGAAAGAUAAAGAAGAACUACAUAAUCAACUGCUUAGUGUUGAUCCCACAAGAGACAGCAAACGAAUGGAACAACUUGUUCGAGAAAAAGUCCAUUUAUGUCAGAAAAUAAAAGGCUUAGAGGCUGAGGUAGCCGAAUUAAGGGCUGAAAAAGAAAAUUCUGGUGCUCAGGUAGAAAAUGUCCAAAGAAUUCAGGUACGGCAGUUGGCUGAGACGCAGGCUACAGUCAGAUCCCUGGAGGCUGAAAAACAGUCAGCUAAACUACAGGCUGAACGCUUGGAAAAAGAGCUACAAUCAAUCAAUGAACAAAAUACUGUUUUAAUUAGUAAAUUGCAUAAAGCUGAACGGGAAAUAAAUACGUUGACCAGUAAAGUAAAAGAACUUAAACAUUCAAACAAACUAGAAAUAACAGACAUCAAACUGGAGGCAGCAAGAGCUAAGAGUGAGCUAGAAAGAGAAAGGAAUAAGAUUCAAAGUGAACUGAAUGGGUUACAGUCAGACAAUGAAAUUCUCAAGUCAGCUGUUGAACACCACAAAGCACUCCUAGUAGAAAAGGAUCGUGAAUUAAUACGUAAAGUACAAGCUGCCAAGGAAGAAGGUUAUCAAAAACUCGUGAUAUUACAAGAUGAAAAGCUAGAGCUUGAGAACAGAUUAGCGGAUUUAGAAAAAAUGAAAGUGGAACAUGAUGUCUGCAGACAAUCUGAAAAGGAUCAGUGUGAAGAGAAAUUGCGAGCUUCACAGAUGGCAGAAGAGUCGGCCAGAAGGGAACUUCAGAGUAUUAGGUUAAAACUUCAGCAACAAAUUGUGAAUAUUGAAAAUGCAGAGAAAGAAAAAAAUGAAAAUGCUGACCUGAAACAGCAAAUCAGUAGUUUGCAGAUCCAAGUGACCUCACUUGGACAGUCAGAGAAUGAGUUGCUGAAUUCAAACCAAAUACUGAAGGAAAUGGUAGAGAGGUUAAAACAGGAAUGCCGAAAUUUAAGAAGCCAAGCUGAGAAAGCACAACUAGAAGUUGAAAGGACUUUGGAAGAGAAACAGAUACAGUGGUUGGAAGAAAAGCAUAAAUUUCAGGAACGUCUCACUGACAGAGAAGAAAAGUAUAAUCAAGCUAAAGAAAAACUGCAGCGAGCUGCAAUUGCCCAGAAAAAGAGAAAAUCCCUUCAUGAAAACAAAUUGAAGAGACUGCAGGAGAAAGUAGAAAUCUUAGAGGCAAAGAGAGAAGAAUUAGAAACAGAAAACCAGGUGUUAAAUAGACAAAAUGUUCCAUUUGAAGAAUAUACAAGGCUUCAAAAAAGACUAAAGGACAUACAGAGAAGACAUAAUGAAUUUCGAAGUUUAAUUUUGGUUCCUAACAUACCUCCAACAGCAUCCAUCAAUCCUUUUAGUGUUCAGUCAUCAGCCAUGGUUCCAGGCAUGGACUUGUCGUUUCCUCCUCAUAUGCAGGAGGAACAGCAUCAAAGGGAACUCUCUCUACUUCGCAAAAGACUAGAAGAACUAGAAACAACACAAAGGAAGCAACUGGAGGAACUUGGAUCUCCUGGGGAAUGAUGUUCAUGGAAAAAAGAUCAAAAGGGAUGAAAUCACUGUGACUCAAUAAAGCUUGAAGAUUUAACGUA